AUGUUCGCCAGCGGCCAACAGUCGACAGACCCCAACCGGAACCGGAGUCGACAAGGGACUCCGGGGUUCCGACACCCGAGGCGAUGCCGCGGAUGCUCGAGCUCACCGGGGGUUGAAGGGCCCAUCGGGUUCAUCCCGAUGGCAUCCUUAACCGCGCAUGGAAGGCUCUAUCCGACAUGGAAACGAGGGCAAGCGUGGGGCUUCGACACCGCCCGCUGGGGGAGUUUCGCGAGGUUCACGGUCGGGGGCCGACCCGGGCAACCAGUUCACGAAACAAAACCCCGUCUGCGGGGUUGA